AUGUAUUCUCGCAGUCAAUACUUGCCAAAUCAACCAAACGUCAGACCGAAUUCAAACGAUGCUGAUAUCAAAAUCCAAAACCAGCCUGAUGACCUAUCAACACAAGCAAGUCACGUUGUUUACGUUGAUAAUGACCUGCAUGAUCAAAACAAUAAUAAUGAUGAUUACACAAUUUUCCGGCGACAACCGAUAAAACAAUCGAAUUUAUCAAUCAUUGAACAAACAACUACUUCAACAAGUAAACCCAUGGAACGACUCGAAACCAACGAUUCAACAAACACGGCUCUUGAAUCCCGACAACCAAUCAAUGAGAAACAAACAGAACCAAAUUUGAUGAGAAGUUUUGUCGUUUAUGAAGAUGAGCUAGAGGAAUAUUUACGAUUGACCGGCCCCCAUAAUCCACCAAUAUUAAAUGAUAGCAUAAGCGUUGUUUACGGGGAUAAUCAAACAGAUCAUCAUGAUCAAAAUGUAAUCCAAGCCCGUAAUUUAGAUAGCCACCACAAAUCUGCUAAGAUCAUAACUACCGAUGAUGAUAAAGGACUACCAUCACAAUCUCGAUUGAAAACUGUUCCAUAUGAACCGAAGAAUUUAUCUAGACGUGAAGAUGAUGACAUUGAGAACCGACUUGAUACAGUGGAAACUACAACAGCUAAUAGUAGAUUGGCCAAUCAUCUUAGUCAAUUUAUUGCCACAUUCAAUCCAACUCAAAUAAUUAAAACAUCAGACACGAACACUGCAACCACUACAGAAUUUCCAAUAGAACGAGAAUCAAAAUUACCAUCCAAUGGAGAUGAUAUAAUUGUAGUAACAUGGCCUCAGUUCAAUAAUACAAAUGAUCAAUCUUCAUACGUAUUAUAUGCGAAUGACGACGAUAACAAGAAUCAUUCGAUUUCUGAUGAAUUAGCUGAAAUGAUAGGAUUGAAACGCAAAAUAUCUGAUAGUCAAAAAAUGAACACAGAUCAUGCCAAGAUUAAUGAAACGAUUGCUCAAUGCCCCGAUACAGAUUGUUUGAUCAUAGAAUCAGCCAAGACCGGAUCGAAUUAUCAAUGGCUUCAAGUAUACAACCAGGCUCUUGAUGACCGAUAUUCAAAACUCGUGCAAACGAGACAAACAGAAUCACUACAAAAAUGUCAACAAUAUUGCUGGCAAAUGUUGGCCGUUUGUGUUGGAUUUACUUAUGAUCGUCAGAGCAUGGAAUGUCGUCUUGCAUAUGAAUUGGAUGUGCAAACUUCACUGGCCAAUGCAUCGUCCAGCUAUGGAAAUAAUAUUGCAACAUUCAUGCGAAAUGAAUCUACAUCAACCACUACUUUUGUUCAACCAAGAUGGUAUCGAGCAUACGAUAAUGACGUUUUGAUUGGCGAGAAUGUACGACCAAGAUUGGCACAUUCAAUUGUCAAUUUGGUUGAUGGCGAGGAUGGCCUUCAUUUGGAACGUGUGAAAGCCAUCAAAAGCCAAAAUGGAAUGUAUGGCUCAAUUGGUGUCAGUAAGACAUUUUUAGAUUGCCUACAGCAAUGUAUGCAACCACAGCGUCAAUCCUGUGCAUACGUUUUGCAUCAUCGACCUACCGGUCUUUGUCUUAUUGAACAACAACAACCUGAUGCUAACCGCAAACUCAAUGUUUUAUCUGAUUCGUUUAGCAUUCGUGCUGGAUGGACUAUUGGUGUUGCAAUGAUGGACCAAAAAGACAACAAUAUGGAACCCGAUUUUGUCAUCGAAAAGAAACCGGUUUACAUCAGAUUAUUCGAACAACUUUUGAUGGGUGAAGAGGAUCGUAAAUAUUUUCUUGGACGUUAUCUGGAACCAAAACGUCGAAUAACAAACGUGACUGAUGUGCGGCAAUGUGAACACGAUUGUGCCGUCAUGACGGAUCUGAAAUGUCGAUUCAUAGCCGUUUAUGAACAGCUGUUGGAUGGACACAACAACCAAACAAAAAUUUGUCUGCUGUUCACCGAAGACCUGAUUCAAAUUAUGUACAAGUUGAUGAUGACCGAACGUGCCACUAUUGCUAAACGAGAUCUUGAAACGACAGGCAUACUAGACCGACCGUUUGAAAGACUAGCAUCGCCAAUCAUUGUUACAACGGUUCGUCAACGCCGUGAACUGGAACGCGAACUAGAUAAUGUUAUCGAUGAGAACGAGAAUGAACCAUUUGGAACAUUAGGAAUGUCUGCCUAUGUGCUUGAUACGCCUGAACCAUUUCUUAAAUUUAACAUCCAUGAUCCAUCGACCAUUAGUGAUUCUGAACAAUUGGUAGGACCAUCAUACGAAGAAUGGUAUGGCGUUAGCAACGAGAAUCAAUGCUAUCGUCAUUGCUUCAAUUCGUGGCUACAAUCUGUUGGCAACAAUUCUAUGACCAAGCAUAAUACGGAAAAAAUUACUGAACCUUUGUGUCGGUUUCUAGUGGUCAAAUGGCAUGGACAGCAUUCCCAUCGUUUUAAUUGUUCAUUUUUUGAAUUAAGUCCGAUUGCUUUCACUGAACAAUCUUGGUUCACCGUACGAAGAAUGCCAUUACCAGAUUUCUCAUUCAAAUUAGAUCGUGUAAUGGAUUAUUUUAUUGAAACACCAAACAUGCAAACAAAUGGUAGUAGCCAAAUUAAUUUUCUUAACGAAUUGACCAUUACAGCUACCGAUAAGAAACAAUGUUUGUCCCGUUGUUUGCAAACACAUAUCACGAAUUUAUCAUCUAGCCACAUGGCUCAUCAUUAUUGUCACAAGUUACACAUUGGAAAACUCAAGACUGGUCAUCUAAAAUGUCGUUUCUAUGAACGAAUUAUGGAUAACAAAAUCAAAACUGGUUCAAUUCAAUUAUUCCGAUUACGUAGUCUACCUGAACAUGAUGUCAGGCAAUCAGGCUCAGGCUUUUAUUCUACUAUACCAAAUAAUUUACUAGACGAUUAUUUCAUGUCAGAGUCACUUAAUACAAGCGAUUCAUCAUCAACAAAUCAAUCAACGAUUGAACGUAUGCUUAACCGUUAUGAACCAUUGUAUCGUUUGAAAGGAGAAACAAAUCCAAGCAAUUGUCUUCGUCUUUGUUUAUUACUUUGGGCUCGAUCACGAUCAAAUCAUCACUAUGCCGAUCCGGAUCGAUGUAGAGUAGUAUUGGCAAAGCCCGACAUAACGUUAAACAAUAAAUAUGAAUGUAUGAUCUAUGAUAUUGUUAUUGAUGCACAAUUGGCGCAGAUAUCACAACAAAAACGAUAUCAAAAUCAAUUGUCCGAAUAUCCUAUCAAUGUAUAUCGAGUGUCGAACAAUUCAAGUCAAAAUGAUCGUCCUCAAUUGAUCAUGCAAUUGAAUCAUACUGAGUAUGAGACUAUGAAUGAUGAACAAUUAAAAAAAUCUAAUGGGGAAUGGAAAGCUCAAUAUCAUUUUAGUCAUGCUUCGAAUGCAGUUCAGUGCUCAAAAAUUCGACCAAAACGCCGAAAUUCUGACAACCCAGAAUCUGAUGGAUUGCUCAUUUUUGCUCGUCCAAUAUUCAUGUCCGAUCCUAUUCUUCCAGCUCGUUUAUUGGUUCAAUAUGAAUGUCUUUAUUAUGAUCAUUAUCCACAGCAGAAUAAUAUAGAAAAGAUUGAUGCUCUAAAAAUACAAACACCAAUUGAUUAUGACCAAGUACUUGUCUAUCAGCUGGUCGAUACUGACACCUAUGAUUAUGUCGAUCCAUCAAUGUACAGCCAAUCGCUAAAUUUCAUGCGUCAAUCCUAUCAACCGAUUCUGGUUGCAACCGAAAAUAUGACCACUGUGGAAGAUUGUUUGAGUCGAUGUUCCGAAUACAAUUAUUAUAGCACUAAUCAAUUAGAUCAAUGUCAAUUGGUGAUUAUUGAGCCUAAUCGCCGCUUGUGGAAUAAUACCGAAGAUUAUCGUUGUCUGCUUUACAACUACAAUGUAACUCUGCAAAGAUAUCCGGAUCUAGAUUGGUCGACGCCUGUCGAAUAUUAUCGAUUACGUUCAAUACCGUCGUUCGUAACUACUCGUUUUGAUUCAGAUGAAAUGGUUGAUAAAUACGAUUCAUUUGAACGGAUUGUAGACAAAAAUAAUAUGGAAUCAAUUUCUAGAUCGAUUGUCGACAGCGGAAGAUUAGCAUUCUGGCAUAUAUCCAACGUUACUAAUCGUCAUCAAUGUUUAGAUCGAUGUGUUCGUACAUGGGAAUCCAAAUUGUUAUACUACAGUAAUCCAUCAUUUUUGUCUUCGAAAUCAUCGAAUUUUAUUCAAUCUCAUUUUUGUCGAUUGGUCAUAAUCAUACCGGUUCGACAGGCUGAUCAACAACUGCAACAUUUUGAUUGCGCUUUUUACGAAACAAAUUUCACACAAGCUUUGAGUGCAUUCUUGGUGCCUCGUGAUAGCGGAAAAGUAUCGGAAGAAAUUGGAUCGGAAUAUAUACAGAGCCAAGAUGAUAGUCUCUAUAUGGCAAUUGAAUGGCCAUUAGUUUCACCUAAGGUAACCGAUGAAACACUGAUGCUUAGCCGUCCGGUAGAUUUAGCACACUGCCUUCGUGAAUGUGACCGUAAAUCAAUUAACCGAUGUCAGGCAUUGGUCACUCGAUAUGAACAAAAUCGAUUGAUUCGAUGCUAUUUCGUUGGACUAAACGAAUAUCUACCUGAUUGGGAGAAUCGGCCAUUGGCUAAUCAUCAAUCAAAACUGUUGCUAAGGUUGUUUACGCUCAACGCUGAUGAGGGAAAAAUUCCACGGAAAGAAAAUGAUAUCCGAUCAAAAUUACAAGACCCAUAUCUGGCAAUCAUUGAUUCACUUCGUAAUUAUCAGCACCAAUAGUAACCGUUAUGAUAAGUUUUGGCUUGUGCAUUAUUAAAUCUAGAAUUCAUGUUUGACAUUUAAAAAAAAAUGAGCAAUCAUUCAUUGUAAUAAUUUCCUAUAGAUGAGCAUUAAAUCCAAUUACUUGGUCACUGCA